CCCCCUUUCCCCCAGCCGUCUUCCUGUUUCUUCUGCACUUGGAAUUGCCCUCUCGCCAGGUUAUUGCACACGACGUACUCGAUUCUGCAUCUGCGGCCACAGGUUUCCCCGGGAAUACAAUGGAGACCUAUAGAAGAGAAUUAAGCAGGAGGAAUGGGUGCCAAUGGCAGAUGUAUCAAGACGGGGGGACUGUUGCCUCUUUCUUAAGAGAAUGAAGACACUCAUCAUAUCAGCUAAAUUCAAACGAGGAGACAAAGGCUUAGAAAGUGAAGUGACACAGAAGCAGAACCAGGACCCAAACCAAGGUCUUCUGAAUCCAAGUUCUGGGGUUUUCUGCUCUGCCAUUCACUGAACUGAAUACACAGCCAACUGUGUGUGCACCCAUGUCAGGAAAACAAAGACAAUACCUAUAUUUUCAGAGUGAUCGUCUUCUGAUCAAAGGAGGUAAAAUCGUUAAUGACGACCAGUCAUUCUAUGCAGACAUAUACAUGGAAGAUGGGUUGAUCAAGCAAAUAGGAGAAAACCUGAUUGUGCCAGGAGGGGUGAAGACCAUUGAAGCCCAUUCCAGAAUGGUGAUCCCUGGAGGGAUCGAUGUCCAUACCCGCUUCCAGAUGCCUGAUCAGGGGAUGACCUCUGCUGAUGACUUCUUUCAAGGCACCAAGGCAGCCCUGGCUGGGGGAACCACCAUGAUCAUUGACCAUGUGGUUCCCGAGCCUGGGACCAGCCUGCUGGCUGCCUUCGACCAGUGGAGGGAAUGGGCCGACAGCAAGUCCUGCUGCGACUACUCUCUGCACGUGGACAUCACCGAGUGGCACAAGGGCAUCCAGGAGGAGAUGGAGACCCUGGUGAAGGACCACGGGGUAAAUUCCUUCCUCGUGUACAUGGCUUUCAAAGAUCGCUUCCAGCUAACGGAUUCCCAGAUCUAUGAAGUCCUGAGUGUGAUCCGGGACAUUGGAGCGAUUGCUCAAGUCCACGCGGAAAACGGCGACAUCAUCGCAGAGGAGCAGCAGAGGAUCCUGGAUCUGGGCAUCACGGGCCCUGAGGGACAUGUGCUGAGCCGGCCCGAGGAGGUCGAGGCUGAAGCCGUGAACCGUUCCAUCACCAUAGCCAACCAGACCAACUGCCCCCUGUACAUCACCAAGGUGAUGAGCAAGAGUGCCGCGGAAGUCAUCGCCCAGGCCCGGAAAAAGGGGACCGUGGUGUAUGGCGAGCCCAUCACCGCCAGCUUGGGGACUGACGGCUCCCAGUACUGGAGCAAGAACUGGGCCAAGGCUGCUGCUUUUGUUACCUCCCCGCCCCUGAGCCCCGACCCGACCACUCCGGACUUUCUGAACUCCUUGCUGUCGUGUGGAGAUCUCCAGGUCACUGGCAGUGCCCACUGUACCUUCAACACUGCCCAGAAGGCCGUAGGAAAGGACAACUUCACCCUGAUCCCUGAAGGCACCAAUGGCACGGAGGAGCGGAUGUCCGUCAUCUGGGAUAAGGCUGUGGUCACUGGGAAGAUGGACGAGAACCAGUUUGUGGCCGUGACCAGCACCAAUGCAGCCAAAGUGUUCAACCUUUACCCCCGGAAAGGCCGCAUUGCUGUGGGAUCCGAUGCUGACCUGGUCAUCUGGGACCCUGACAGCGUGAAAACCGUCUCUGCCAAGACCCACAACAGUUCUCUCGAAUACAACAUCUUCGAAGGCAUGGAGUGCCGUGGCUCUCCCCUGGUGGUCAUCAGCCAGGGGAAGAUUGUUCUGGAAGACGGCACCCUUCAUGUCACCGAAGGCUCUGGGCGCUACAUCCCCCGGAAGCCCUUCCCUGACUUUGUUUAUAAGCGUAUCAAGGCAAGGAGCAGGCUGGCAGAGCUGAGAGGGGUUCCUCGUGGCCUGUAUGAUGGACCUGUGUGUGAGGUGUCUGUGACACCCAAGACAGUCACUCCGGCCUCCUCGGCUAAGACGUCUCCGGCCAAGCAGCAGGCCCCACCUGUCCGGAACCUGCAUCAGUCUGGAUUCAGCUUGUCUGGUGCCCAGAUUGAUGACAACAUUCCCCGCCGCACCACCCAGCGCAUCGUGGCGCCCCCUGGUGGCCGUGCUAACAUCACCAGCCUGGGCUAGAGUUCAGGGCCGCCGUCGGCUUAGGGAUGGGGGAUGGGACACCUGAGGACAUUCGGAGACUUCCUUCCUUCCUUCCUUCCUUCUUUUUUUUUUUUUUUUUUUUUUUUAAAGAGCCUGUGAUAGUUACUGUGGGGCAGCCAGUUCCUGGGGCUCCCUCUCUCGGGCCCCCCGCACUCCGUCCCUCACCCGGAGUCACCAGUUUUGGUCACCCACCUCCCUACACAUCUACGAAUAUCACACCUGCGUCUCUCCACCAGGCCCGUACACAGAACUGCGUCCAACACUCAGACAUGCGAAACAAAGCAAAUCACAGUGAGGGUGUUGCUCAUCUCCAGCCUCUGUUGUGCUUGCAUCAUCUUCCUUUUCAUCGGGGGGAGGGGAAGAUAAAGUGAAUUGCCCAGAGCUGCCUUUUUCUUUUUAAAUAUUUAGAAAAUUUUUCUUUGUGGGGCUGCAGGUGGGGUGGGCAGGGGAAGGGGGGGAGAGGUUUGUUUUUCUUUAAAUACUAAAUUGGAAAGCCUAAUGCAAUAUUAAUACAAGGGGUUUGAACUGGACAUCCUAAUGAUGCAAUCGUGUCACCUUCAAGCUGAUUCAGGGUGGUGGGCAGACUCGUCAUGUCCCUCCUGAGAGGCUGUACAGCGUCCACACCGCCAUUCCAUCAUCUUCUGGGUCAACUGUUAAUAAAGGGCAGGUUUUCUUUCUGGCCUAGAUUUUGCUGCAGAUGAAAUCUUUGGAGGAUCCUCUUCUCCUCUCUUCACCUCUCUUCUGCUUGCACUCUCUCCCUCUUGCUUCUUCAUUCAUGGAUAUUUUCACGUGUCUGGCUCUUUCUUUGUGUUUCUUCCAGCCUUCGUCUCUGACAUGCUGUUUUUGCCUUCUAUCCCCCGUGGUCUUUUCCAGUGACCAGGUCCGCCAUUUUACUGUGGCCCCACGAACCUGCCUGGAAAGAUACGAGCUUUGUCAUCGCAACCAUCGUAAUGUGCUAUCCUAGUCCAUAUAAGACCAGCGCUACCCACCCACGUCUCCAGGAUGUGCGAUUGAGUUUGAGAUGCUUCCCAGGUGCAGAAAAGGGCCAGGUUAUCCACACUGUCACACGCGGGCCCAGGAUAGACCUCAGACAGUGCCGAGCUGUUGAAGAAGUCUGAGGCUCUAGGACCUGAGAGUUUUUCCUCUGUGCAAUGCUAAGUGGCUAAAGACACAAACAAAUCUGUAAAUCAAGCCCAACACCCAAGGGAGCCAGUCAGCCUCAAGCCAACCACCAGCUCAGAGGUGCUGAGCUGAUGGUGGUCUGGCCCUGAGGGCCUGCUGUUUACCAACUAGGUAGUUUUGGGGAUGCCAGAGCGCACUGGGCUUCUCACUUUGGAGGAAAAGAAAUUUGUUUUCUUGUCCAAUUAUUUAGAAAGACAUCACGCAACAUAGGGAAGCCUGCUAACCUCGGGAAACCCAUGGGAAAUUUGACUUAAAGACCAUUUCAGUUGGCAAGAGGAAAAAUCCGUUUUGUGAGUCAGAGCUCUUGUGGGGAGAAAACCUUGUAAAUUUGACGAGUGGCCCCUUAGAGACCGCAGGCGACCUUGUGUCCACACCCCGCCCUCUCCUGGUCUCGGAGACCCUUUCCACUCGCUGCCUCGUGCUUGUCCCUGUCUUAGCUGAGCUUUGUUGCAUCUCCUUCCAAGCGUGUUUACAGGUCCUCCCAAGCCACGUUAUGUGUGCAGGCUUUUAUAAAACCAAAUCUGCUUUUGUAAAGCGUAACAUCAAGAAGUAGCUCAUCCCAUCAUGACACUCGUCUCUCCACAUGUUUUGCCUUUGGGGUUAUGGCUGGGGGUUCUUUUGUUGUUGUUGUUGUUGUUUGUUAUUUUAAAAGUAAAUUGCACUUUUAAAGAAUAAUUGGUUAACUUAAUAUAUUUGCUUUUUUUCUUCUCAUCUGCCCUUCGAGGGAAUUUGAACCAGUCGGAAAAAAAAUUUUGUUUCAAUUCUGAGAAACGCUUGCAGCUCUCUUCUCUUCACUUGAGUCUUCCUGUUUUUCCAUGAUGGUCAUUUCGGUUGUUUCCAUUGUUUCCUUCAAACAACUUAAAACCUGAAGAUUUCCGCAGGCUGUGUAAGCAUGUUUACCUGUUGGCUUGCUUUGUGUGUCUGUUAAAUGAAUGUCAUGUGUAAAUGCUAAAAUAAAUUGACCGUGUCUCAGAACUGAAUAACUGCAGUGACCUGAUGCUCUAAACCAGUGUAGGAUUUAAUCAUAGAUGGUUUUUAAUCCUUGGAAUUGUGAUUGUGACCCACGAGUGGAGGAACUUUCAGUGCUAAAGCUGAUUAUGUGUGUAGCCAGAAGAGUACUUUUUUUUUUUUUUUUUGUUACCACUGUCUUAAUGGCAAAAUAAUUAUGGUAAAAAAAACAAGUCUCGUGUUUAUUAUUCCUUAAGAACUCUGUGUUAUAUUACCAUGGAACGCCUAAUAAAGCAAAAUGUGGUUGUUU